AUGGCUCCUAUGCUCUCUAACUCGGACUCUGUCUCAGUCUCCAAACAGGAAUCUUCCGACCAACAUGAGCACUGCAAAACUCCCUCUGGUGCAUUGUCAAUUGAGCCCGAAAAUUCAGAGUCGCAGGACUCGCGCGCGAAUGAAAAAGAUGUCGUCGGUUCUGGGCUGGACGGCCUCGCGCACAGCCCUGUCGACCCCUACAACACAUCGGAACUCGGCAUGGCGCGGAUCCAGUCAAGAGCAUCGUCUACUUGCGCGAGGCCGGCUGUUAAGGUACCGCGAAGCGAGCUCCGUGGACUCUUAAGCCGCUUCACUAUUGUACCAGAAAUCACAAAUCCAUACGAUUAUACAAGAGGGACUAAAUGGGGCAUUACUGCGACUAUUGCGGUCGCAACCGCGGCUGCACCACUCGGGUCCUCGAUUUUCUAUCCCGCUUUAAACACCAUAUCUAAAGAGUUCAACACUACUUCCACUAUAACGAACUUAGCUGUUGCCAUGUACAUGGUUGCCAUGUCCAUAUUCCCCAUCUGGUGGUCGGCCUUGUCCGAGCAAUUUGGUCGCCGAACCAUCUACCUCGUAUCAUUCACACUCUUUGUUCUCUUCUCCGUCGCAAGCGCACUCAGCGUCGACAUCUCCAUGCUGAUCGUGAUGCGCAUCGGUGUCGGUGGUGCCUCUGCGAGUGUGCAAGCCGUCGGUGCCGGGACGAUUGCCGACAUUUGGGAACCCCGCGAGCGCGGCCUCGCCAUGAGCAUGUUUUACCUCGGCCCUCUGCUCGGGCCCUUAUUCGCGCCCAUCAUUGGCGGCGCGCUAUCCCAGGCGUUUGGUUGGAAAUCAACCAUGUGGUUUUUAGCUAUCUACGGCGGCGUCAUUGUCAUAAUGCUGACCCUCCUCCUUCCCGAGACGCUGGCUCGGGACGCGCCGCCACCCAGCGACACGGCGCCGCUUCGGCGCUUAUCGACGAGAGAAUCGGCGAAACUGCACUCCAAAAAAUUCAUCAAUGGUGUCCACCGGUUUGUCUUUGCUCCUCUUAAAGUAUUGCUUUUUCUUAGGUUCCCUCCCGUCCUCAUUACUGUUGUCCUGGCCGCAUUUGCCUUUGGCAGUCUCUUUGUCAUGAACAUUACUGUUCAGCAACAGUUUGCUAAGCCGCCGUACUCGUAUUCACAGCUUACUGUCGGCCUGCUCUACAUUCCGUCCGGACUUGGCUAUAUUGUCGGCUCACUGCUGGGUGGUCGCUGGCUAGAUUACAUCAUGGCGCGAGAGGCUGUCAAGGCGAAUCGCUACAACGACAAGGGCAAAUUGAUCUAUCUGCCGGAAGACCGUCUUCGCGAGAAUGCCUGGAUUGCCGUGACAGUAUAUCCUUGCGGCCUUCUCUUGUUUGGAUGGACCAUCAACUACGGCGUCAUGUGGCCUGCCCCAGCUGUUGGGGCAUUCAUCUUCGGAAUCACUUCCAUGCUCGUCUUUUCCGCGGCAACGACGAUGCUUACCGAGUUCAUCCGCAAAAGAAGCUCAGCGGGUGUUGCCGUCAACAAUUUCGUGCGCAAUCUUCUGAGUUGUAUCGGCACUGUUGUCGCUGCGCCGUGGCUGAGUGCCGUUGGACCCGGCUGGGUAUUCACUGCCACAUCCCUCUUCUGCAUGGUCAUCAGUUACAUCUGUGUCUUCUUGCUCCAGCGCAACGCCCCCAGAUGGCGCAAGUCCAUGGAGAAGGCACUCGCUGAGAUUUCAUAA